UAGGGAUUCAAAACAGUUCUACCAUUUAAGACAUAAUAACCUUUAAGACACGAGCUUCUGACAUCAAGACCAUCAAAGAUUCGUGGGUUAACGUCUUCGUCGACUUCGGAGCAUUUGAUGGUCCGGGCUUAGUUCGUUGGCUGGGGCAAUCAGUGUUUACAUGAUCAUAGAUCGAUCCACUUCCACCUAUCCAGCUCAAACGCAGCUUCCUCUCCAGCAAUUCCAGUUGCAAACAGAGAGAAUACUGUGCAAUUGUGCUCUUCGUUUCUCUUUGCUGGCUACUGGAAAGUCACGCAAUUGCUACUUCCUAUUGAAAUCUUACGCUUCCCCUGAACACCACCCUAGCAACGAUGUCUGAUGAUGCGGCUGGCAGCCAAUACCAGGUGCUGGAGGAAUUGGGCAGUGGGAGCUUUGGAGUAGUAUAUAAAGCCAUUGAGAGGGCAACAGGAGAGAUUGUUGCUAUCAAACACAUUGAUCUCGAAUCGAGCGAGGAUGAUAUACAGGAAAUUCAGCAAGAGAUCUCGGUGCUCAGCACUUGUGCCAGCCCCUUUGUUACACAAUAUAAAGAGAGCUUUCUCCGCGGCCAUAAAUUGUGGAUUGUUAUGGAGUACUUGGGUGGUGGAUCUUGCUUAGACUUGCUAAAACCAGGCCCGGUCCACGAAGCUCACAUUGCAAUCAUUUGCCGCGAACUGCUUCUCGGGCUUGAUUAUCUCCACCAAGAAGGCAAGAUCCACAGAGAUAUAAAGGCCGCAAACAUAUUGUUGUCCUCGACUGGAAAGGUUAAAUUGGCAGAUUUCGGGGUUGCAGCGCAACUCACCAAUAUCAAAUCGCAAAGAAAUACCUUUGUAGGGACGCCAUUCUGGAUGGCCCCUGAAGUCAUCCAGCAGGCUGGUUAUGACUUCAAAGCAGAUAUUUGGUCUCUCGGAAUUACUGCAAUGGAGUUGGUGAAUGGCGAACCCCCCAAUGCCAGCACACAUCCGAUGAAGGUGCUGUUUCUUAUACCAAAAGCGCCAGCACCUAGGCUUGAAGGGAACAACCACAGUCGCGAAUUCAAAGAUUUUGUAGCGCAAUGCUUGGUCAAGGAGUGCGGCAAACGUCCAUCGGCAAAGGAACUGUUAAAGCACAAAUUCAUCCGAUCUGCAGGGAGAGUCGAAGCUUUGCAAGAAUUGGUGGAAAGAAAGCAGGAAUGGGAUGGAGGCCGGAACCGCCCAUCUCACCCAAGAUUUUAUGAGGAGGUAUUGACCUCAAUGACACCUAAGGACGACUCAGAUGCCUGGGUGUUUGACACCGUGAAGGCAAAGUCAAUUCACAAAUCUACCUCAAAGAGGAGGAAGCUGUCCGUUAUACCAGGCAAUAUUCAAAAUGGACAGACUGGGGCAGAGGAAGCUCUGCGACGUCUAGACCUCAAAGAUGCUCCACUGACGAUGUCAUCUCCUUCGCCAGGCACUGUGAGACGCCGCACAGUUCAGAAGCAGCCGUCGAUCAUGCAGCUGCCGUUAACCCCGACCAAGUCUUCAAAGAACACAUUCCCUAAGAGGCCACUACAGCCAGAUAUGAACUUUGGCAACAGUGGCUCCACAGUCCGUCUCUUCCGCCGUGUUUCGGAUAACUCAACUGCGGGAGUAGUCGAUUCAUCCAUUGAGAUCCGGGACGAGAACCGGCCGCCAACUGUGGAAACUAUCAGCAAGGAGGCGCAGUUGGGUCGCAGAGCCUAUAAUAAGGCUGUCGAUCCUUCAUUCCAGGAAGUACAUGCACAGACAAGCAGUCAGAAAAAGCGCGAGGCUCUCUCACGUCUUGCAGACGCCUGGAGUGCCUUUGAUGCGAUUGACCCAGAUGGAGAAGUUCAGCUGCUGAAACUCAUGCUCGAGAAAGUUCAGGCGGAUCCAAAACUGCGAUUCUUACCAUCAGCAUCACCAUCGAAAGAUCAGACUCCUGUGUGCACCCCCCGAAAGUCAUCUCAGGCCCAGGUCUCACCAGGCCCCAAGCUAGUCAUGGCUCAAAACAACCCGCAUCUUCGAAGCCACCGCCAGCGACGUGAGUCGAUGCAAGUCGCCGAUAGGGAGUGGAAUGAAAAGAUGCACAACCUACCCGGGCAAGUCACACCCGGAAUGGAACACACAAAACAACUUGCCGACGUUCUUUAUGGACGUUGGGCAGAUGGGCUUCGUAAUCGCUGGGGGGCACUAUGAUUCUAGCAACCCAGCUCGAGCUCUUGUACUAACCAAUGUCUGCGUUAUUGUCGACCUUACAACAUUUGCUCGCCUUGCAUACAAAAAACUCGCAUAGCAUUUGAAUUUAUACCCUAGGCAACGCAUCAAAAUAUCCACUAGCAUUCAGAGUUUGCCCUCUGAAUCAUCGCUUCACGUCACUCGUGGAGCUCGUUGUACUUUUCUUAUGGCAAUAGAUUUGUCGACUGUUUGAUUUUCCAGUUUUAAUUUGGAGAGGUCGUUGUCCUGGAUGGUGGAAAGGGCGCGGUGUAUGAUUGAUGAAAUUUGGAAUUUUGUUGCGCCAGAAAGCUGCUUCGAGCAUUCUGUAGCUGCAUUUGACAUUUUGGGAGGUUGCCCUUUUUCGAGCCUGCUACAUUGGGGAGUGCUCAGGGUCUUUGUUACGCAUAGUAAAGUUGGGGAUGUAUGUAGCAUAUUUGCAUAUGUACUGUAAUAGAAGGCGUUAUGAUUGAAGCUAUUAGAA